CCCUCCCCGAGCUGCGCAGUAGAGUGCUCCGGGUCACCAGUGUGUGGACGAGUACCUGUAAGCGAACCUCUGGAAACCCUCUCCUUUUGGACCUCUUCCGUCAACUUCAUUCACCUCACGUCACCUUACGCUCAUCCAAGAGACGAUCAAGAUGGCCAGCCAAGUCCGCCAGAACUACCAUGAGGACUGUGAAGCCUCCAUUAACAAGCAGAUCAACAUGGAACUUUACGCAAGCUACGUUUACCUUUCAAUGGCUCACUACUUUGAACGUGAUGAUGUAGCUCUGCCUGGUUUUGCCAAGUUCUUCAAGGAGUCGAGCGAUGAGGAAAGGGACCAUGCCCAGAUUUUCAUGAAGUACCAGAACAAGCGAGGUGGCCGCAUCGUUCUCCAGCAGAUUGCAGCUCCUUCUAUGCAAGAAUGGGGCACUGGUCUAGAAGCCCUUCAGGCUGCUCUUGAUCUGGAGAAGCAGGUCAAUCAGUCUCUCCUGGAACUCCAUGGCACUGCAAGUGGCAACAAUGAUCCUCAUCUCACUAAGCUUCUUGAAGAUGAGUAUCUGGAGGAACAGGUGGAUUCCAUCAAGAAGAUUGGUGACAUGAUCACCAGGCUGAAGCGUGCUGGCCCAGCAGGUCUUGGAGAGUACAUGUUUGAUAAGGAGCUCCAGAUCAGAAUUAGUGCAACAGUGUUAGAUCCUUUGACAACAGAUAUAGUGAAAUUUGUACUUUAUUUUGAGGUGACAUUUGGGAAGAUGAGACAAGUCAGGCAGAACUUCCAUGAAGACUGCGAGGCUGCCAUUAACAAGCAGGUCAACCUCAAACUUCAUGCCAGUUAUGUUUUCCUCUCAAUGAGUUAUCACUUUGAGCGAGAUGAUGUAGCUCUCCCUGGUUUUGCAAAAUUCUUCAAAGAGGCUAGUGACAGUGAACGAGACCAUGCACACCAGCUCAUGAAUUAUCAAAAUAAACGUGGUGGAGGUAUUGUUUUACAGCCCAUUGCAGCACCACCACAGCAGGAAUGGGGAUGUGCAGUAGAAGUUGUUCAGAUGGCUCUAGAUCUGAAGAAACGAAUUAAUCAAAGUUUCCUUGAGCUCCACAUGCUAUCGUCUACCAAGGAUGAUCCAUUCACAUGCCAUUUCAUCGAUGAUCACUUUUUGAUUGAACAUGUGGAGUCCAUAAAGAAAAUGGGCGACAUGCUGACCAAGUUGAAACGUGUUGGAGCAGCUGGUUUGGGAGUGCAUUUGUUCGACCAAGAGCUCCAGUAGUUUCUUGUAAAUGAUUUUGUGGAUACAAGAAUUAGAUAUGUUUUAUGAUUUAUAAGAUUUAUUCUGUGAUUUAGUCAUAAACAGUAAAUUGGGUUGCUACUCUUAAAUGAUAGGUGCAUAAUAAUAAUAUUUGGUAUGUAGACCCUUGCCAAAGGUAAAGUAAUGAAUAUUAGAAAUAUAGUUUUUCUCUUUUCUUUCUUUAUAUAUUUUGUACACGUAUUGUAAUGUUUUUAACUUUCUUUAUGUCUUUGUAUACAUUUUGUUUAAGAACCAGUUAAACACCUUAAUUUUAAAAAUUUUGUGUAAUAUAACUCUAUGAGAGUCUUAACUUGAGUACUUGAAAACAUAGCAAUACAAAAUGGCAGGUAUUUUACAAAUUGAAGGUAAGCUUAGAAAGACUAUUUUGCAUAUAUAAAAACUUGUUUGUAGCUUCAUCUUGAUACAAAUUCAUAAGAUGACAUUACUUUUUUGUGUAAAUGUAUAUGUAUGUGUGUAUAUAAACACACAUUUUAUUAAAUAAGAUCUCAGGCCUUCAAGUAUAGGAUGCCAGCUAGCACUCAAGAGCCAGUGCUUAAAGAAUGGUUAUAUGGUUGAUAAAAAAGCAAUGCAUAUAUACAUAUAAAAAGGAAAAGAGGAGACUUAUUGUUAAAAAUCAGCCUUGUAUCUUCUUACUUAUACUUCUUAUUGUCAGGUAUUAGACUAUUAAUUUUGAAAUGUUAUUAGGAAAUUCAUGAGGAUAAAAGUCUUGUAUCAACUUGUUCAAAAGAGGAAAUUGUUUUAAUUAUGCAUAUUUAAUAUAAUGUACAUUCCAAUA